AGAGACACCUGGGGGCUGAGAUAGGAACUUAAUAGCGUCGUCUGCUAAUGUUUACUGGCAGCGGGUGAGAGGGGUGGCAGUGACAGUUGAGCGGCGAUGGCGGGGGGACGAGCAGCCAUCAGCACCUCCGCCAUUUUUCUAUUUAUCUCGUGUCUCGUCGCUCCAUCAGCCAGUCUCGAUGCAAAGGCCUUCAGCAGCCUGGCCAACAAGACGACGGAGUGGCUGGAGGCUCUGCACGGCCGCACCACCCACGCCAACCUCCUCGACACGAACAUGAAUGAUGACGCCAUCGUGAGCGUCAAACCAGUGUACCUGCCUACGAUGGUGGAGGAGAUGGCUAAAAAGAUUCAAGACCAUUUUGCCUCUAAACGAAAUGCAUUACAGGAGAUCGUAGACAUACUGGAGGACGCCACAACUCUCUACAUCUGGAACGACGACCUUCGCCUCAACACGUCCCGCCCGCUGCUCAUGAAGGACCUCAGGGACCUCGACCCGAGUAACGCCAGCCAGUUGGAUGAGCGGUUGGGCGUGGCUGUGCGGCAUAAUGUGUCUGGUAUUCACGUGCCGCUUGAAGUCUACGAAGGAUGGUUAUGGCCCAACAUCAGGGAACAUAGGGAGCAGGAUCCUGAAAUUUUGAAUGGUCUUCAGUGGUCAGCUGUUGUUGAUCAGGUGUUUCAAAAAAACUAUGAAAAAGACCCAACCCUCAUGUGGCAGUACUUUGCUGCACAAACCGGCUUCAUGCGUGUCUAUCCUGCCACCAGCUGGUACGUUCCCCCAUCACUUGUGGACCUAGACCUGUACGACGCUCGGCUGCGACCGUGGUACAUCCAGGGCUCCGUGUCUCCCAAGGACAUGAUCAUUUUGAUGGACCGGAGUGGCAGUGUGCACGGCCAAACCUUCACCAUCAUGAAGUGGGCAGUGAAGACCUUAAUUGACACACUUGGAGAAAAUGAUUUUGUUAAUGUUGCUGCUUUCAACAGCACUACAGAAUGGGUGAAUAACUGCACAGUGUGUGAGGUCAACAAGACAAGUGAGAACAGGGAUUGCAGUCAGCCGCUGGUUCAGGCCACUGCCAACAACAAGAAGAUUCUGUUCCGCGCCAUUAACGAGCUGGAGGAUGGCGGCAUGGCCAGCUACUCAAAUGCUCUCACUUUUGCAUAUGAAGCAUUCAUACAAUUUGAGGCGACUCGGAAGGAAGGGGAAGGUGCCGGCUGCCUCAAGACCAUCAUGCUGUUCAGUGAUGGGGGGACGGAGUGGCCGGAGGAGGUCUUCAAAAAUUACAGUGCUAAUAAUUACACCAAGUCAGUGCGUAUCUUUACCUACGCUGUGGGCCCACACCCCAUCCCCACCGCCGUGCUGAAGCAGAUGGCCUGCACCACGGGAGGGAUGUACUCCGUCAUCACCACAAGGAGUAGUAUUAGAACUAAAAUUCAGGAGUCGUAUUCAAGCAUACUCUCCCCUGCUCAACCCCAGAAUGGAUUUCAUACAGAUCAGUACACUACAACGUAUACAAGUGCCGUGACAGAGGAGCUGACAGUGUCAAUCUCCCAGCCGGUGUACAACAACUCUGACUACACAAACACAUCAUCCCUAGUGGGUGUGGCCGGCAUUGAUGUGCCCAUAAAGACACUCAAGAAUUUGUCUCCCUUUGAAGACAUUGGACCAAAUGGCUAUGCUUUCAUCAUCAACAACAAUGGCUUCCUGAUUCUUCACCCAGGUCUCCAGAAACAACUGUCCUACCUAUCUGCUCCACCACACAUUGACCUUUUGGAUGUGGAGGAGGACACCGAGAUCAUGACUCUGAUCCGGGAUGACAUGAUCACAGGGAAGUCAGAAACAGUGCAGAUCCCGGGUAAGAUAAGGAUUGAUGACCACCACCACAUCCAACACAAUGAAAUCCAGUUUUCUUAUACGCCCAUACCAAAUACUCCAUACAGCCUUGGCCUGGUAAAUCUCAAAAAUUCUGACCACAUGAUUGUCCAGAAGCCUGAAACACUGAAGAAAAUAACACUCAAUAUUUCCCUAACACUUGUUGCUCCGUGGGAAUACUGCAAGAAUCAGGUGCCAGGAACAGACAUAGACCAGUUGAUGAAGCUCCAGGCCAGUAUGAAGGAUAAAAAGAAAAAAUGUAAUGACAAUCUCAUCCAGGGCUUGCUUUGGUCCCAGGGGUGGACAAGACAGCUGCUACAGAAGUGGCAGCUGGAUCACUCCCAAGACUUCUUUAGCAGAUCUAUCUUCACCAGAUUUGGCCUUUCCAGAUUUUUCCCUAAUAGUGUCAAGCCGGAUGUUGCCCGUUGGCGUGACCCGUGGCACAACCCUGCCCUGAGGAGAGGUGAGGUUAACAAGGGUGUGUCAGUAAUGCCACACCCUAAAGGGGCCUACAUCUCAGCACCUGUCACUGUUAAGAAAGACAAGUCACAAGUUUUGGCUGGAGUUGUUGGAGUAAACUUUACAGCCAACGCCUUGCGACACCACUUCCUGGAGCACAUCAAGGACUCAGAGUGGCUCAAUCAGGAGGACUACCUGCUGCUGCUGCUGGACGACGGUGGCCUCAUUGUGACGGCCAACAGGAGGGAGUUUUUUGGAGUAAUGCUGCAAGGAAGAUUCAUUGGGGAUCUCUCCAUACCAAUCUUGAAUAACCUCAAGGACUCGGGUGUCUACAAAAUGGACAUAGUGGUGGACAGGCAGGCUCUCUGUGAGCAGAAGAAGCUUAUUGAGUCAAGUGCAGGACUGAGAAGCCAUCACGUCCCAAACAUUUUCACACUUAUUGUCAAUUUUCUGAUGGAAGUUUUCUCCUGGACUGAAUAUUUGAGAUACAUUAUAUACAGCGGCAUCCUUGCCGUGUUAGCGCCAAGUGUGGACGCCUGGACGGAGUGGGGCAUCACACAGAUUGGUGGCCUGGAGGACUGCACCAAGGAGAGGGCUGUGUACUACUUUGGAGACAUGCAUUCCCUCUCCAGCAGCAUGAAAUGUACCAACACAUCAGACAAAAUUCCAUUCUGGGCUCAUCGACUACCUAACACCAAUGCAUUACUGGUUGCCAUUGAGAUGAGUCCAAACUCCCCUGAGUGUGGCGUGUUCUCAGACCUACCCAGCAUCCAUGCACAACGAGUCGAGGAGGUGGAAUCAUGUGCCUACCAAGCCAGGUUCCGGAAGCGACUAGCAAGCCAGGCAGCGUGUAAUGCAACGGUGGGUGAUGGCGGAUGUAAUCGAUCUCCCCAGCAGUUAGAAAUCUCAGUGGUUUUGUUACUGCUAAUGUUGGCGUUCAGCACAGGAAUUGUCAGCAGUAUUUAUCAUAAUAACUGAACAUAGUCAGCCAGGAAUCUAUGAAACGUGGUAUAAUUUGGCCAGUACAUAAUUCUGUAGAGUGCAAUUAGUAGUAGAUUAUCAAUAAAGAUCCUUUUUAACAAGGCAUUAGACCCAGAUUUUCCCCCAACACAAUGUAAAUACACUUUUAUGUUCCUCAGUUUGAUUUCUUUUGUAAAUUGUUGAAUAUUUCCCUUCAUAAGUUUGGCCUUGAGUUAGAUACAUAUUUCAUUUUCAUAGAAUUGUGCAUAAGUAAGGUUUGUUGUUCCAUGUAUUCUCUAGGGUGCCUUAAACCCUUCUCUGUUACCAUGAUGCAUACUAUGAAGUAAGUUGGGUUUAAGACCUGUUGCUUAUCAUGAUUGACAAAAAUGUUGCAUUCAUUAACUCCAAAACUCCAACUUAAAACCACAUACUGUAAUGAAACAGUGGAGGAGGGAAUGUGAGUGUUGGAGAUUGUGUAGAGGGAGGAAAGUUAAGUGAAGUUCAAACAGUCAAACUUCACCAAGAAAAGUUGUAAGAGCUCUCAGGGACCAGAACACAAGGCUUGGCACAGCAGUGGAAGAACACAAAAUUGCCAUUCUGCCUGAAACAUUUAUAACAAUGAGAGUAUGAUUUGACUGCUGCUUUGCCAAGAAAUUGCACUUUACAUUGGUGUGUAUUUGAGACUUAUCACAUUUUUGUUUGUGUGUGAAAGUGAAUAUCAAUACCUGUGAUGUUACUGAGAUAGAUCAGACUCAUUAGCAUGUAAUAUUAUGUAAUGCUGAAGUCUUUUAAGAAAACUUGUUCCGCAUCGUUUGUUCGAUAGAAAAGUUAUAUGAAAAAAGUCUAUUUUAUUGACAUUACUGGAUCAUCAGUGUGUGAAGAAAUGCUGAGCUUGGCAAGGGAGGGAAGAGAGGUGUGUAAAUAUGUAUGUAAUAAUUUCAAGACUUUAACAGGUUGUACGGACAGUGAAUUAAGUACCUUCCUCCUAUUGCAUGACUGCCAGUGAGCCGGUGACACUGCCAGAAUCUUCCGAGUGACAGUGAGAGCAGUGAGGCUUUAUAAGUCAUGGUCAGGUGUGGGUGUCAGUGGUAAGGAGGGUGCUUAAUGUAUUGUCUGUCCAAUCAUCAGUUCAAUUAGGAGGUAGUAGUCAUAGUAGAAUCUUAAUAGUAUAUUUUCCUAAUUAGUAAUUGUAUGAGGUGGUCCUAUAGUGCAUUGUUUUAGUGACUUGCUUUGAAAACUUUCUAUGUAGCUGUUUCUUGUUUGCUUUCCUCCAUUGUGUUGUGUUUGAUGACCAAUAUUGUUACUACCACAAUAAUGAUAUUUUAGUAAACAGACUAUACAGAAAGAAAAAAAUCUUGGUGGAAAAUUAAGAUUUUAUUAUAAAUAUACUAUAUACGACAGUC